AGGGCGGAGCCUGCGGGCGUGCCCCCGCCCCCUCGGCGCCCGCCGCAGUUCUCAACCAGGUCGGACCCCGCCAGUUAUACCGCGGCCCGGCGGGGCUGGCGGCGCGCAGUGUGGUGUGCAGGCGGUGCGAGCAUGUCUGGGAGAGGCAAGGGCGGGAAGGGGCUCGGCAAGGGGGGCGCCAAGCGGCACCGCAAGGUGCUGCGCGACAACAUCCAGGGCAUCACCAAGCCGGCCAUCCGGCGCCUGGCGCGGCGCGGCGGCGUCAAGCGCAUCUCGGGGCUCAUCUACGAGGAGACGCGCGGCGUGCUCAAGGUCUUCCUGGAGAACGUGAUCCGCGACGCCGUCACCUACACCGAGCACGCCAAGCGCAAGACGGUCACGGCCAUGGACGUGGUCUACGCCCUCAAGCGCCAGGGACGCACCCUCUACGGCUUCGGCGGCUGAACUCUCUUCUCAUACCAUACACUGUUAAACAAAGGCUCUUUUCAGAGCCGCCCACGAAUUUCACAACGAGAGCUGUUGAUUACUGCCUUCAUUUAGGGCAAGUCACUACGCUUAUAACCUUCUUUUACAAACAUAAGUACGGUGUUUAUAAAUAGUCCCAGAAAGCACGAACAACAGUUCAAAUGUAUAGCGUACUAUGUGCACACUGAGUUCCGAUACUACAUUUCGUUAGUAAAAACGCGGUACAUAUUUCGCUACGUUUUUGAAUAAACUUUUUGC